UCUAGCUAUCAAUUUGUGCCACUGCGCCAUUCAACGACCAUCACCGGUGGCCGGUGAGCCGAUGAGCUACACACGCCGGGCAUAUAGCUCAUACGUAGCUAGAGUAUAAGCUCGACGCUAUCAACUUUCGUUACAGUUCGCCGGUGGUGGUGCAUCGAUCGAUCGAUCCCGCGGCGUUCGUGCUAGUGCGACGAACUGUGCACGCGGCACGUUUGACUCUACUUACCAGAGCUACCACGUCGCCGGAAAGCUGUGAGUGAGCUCUGAAGCCGCGCAGCGUGCGCGCACCCGAUGAGCUCGCCGCCGCGCUGGGACGGAUGGCCGGAGACGGACGGUGACGACCGAACGCCCGUCGCGACGCGAACGGCCUCCCGCGGCAUCGGCGGGGGCCGGCCGCGUGAUGCGAACACGGGCCGAGGGCAAGGAGCGGGCAACCUGUUGAGCUUCGGGGCCACGCCGCCGGGGCCUUGGUUCGCCUUCGCCCCGCCGCACCCGUGCGCGCCGCCGCUCCGCCAGCACGUCCGCGCGCCCGUUUUCGCGCAGCCACCCCGUGAUCCUUUCCCGUGGAGCACGCCCGUGUUCGCGAACCCAUUUGACGAUCCUCGUUUAGCGUUGACCAUGCCAUGUCCAUGGGGGCCGCCCAGCCAGGUGCCCUUUGGAGGCUCCGGCGGCGGGGCCGCGGCCCCGAAAGGCGGCGGCGGCGAUCCGGGUGUGUUGUUCCCUGGCAGCGCCCGUCCUGUCCGCACGGACUGCGACGCCGACGGCGGGGCGUCGUGCCUGCCCCUCGCGAGGCAGGUCGCCCUGCGGACGGCGGGCGGCGGAGAGGCGCGCAACUUCAUCGUCUCGCCGCUGUCCUUCCACGCGGCGCUCGCUCUGGUGGCCGCCGGCACGCGCGGGGAGACGCAGCGCGAGCUCCUGAGCUUCCUCGGCUCGGACUCGCUCGACGACCUGUGCCGCGCCGCGGCCACCGUGCUGGUCGGCAGGCUCCCCGACGUUGCGGAGACGGCGUCGUUCGCCUGCGGCGUCUGGGUCGACCGGAACCGGUUCCUCACGCCGGAGUUCGCAAACACCGCCGCGUCGCGCUACGCCGCGGUCGCGGAGCCCGUGGACUUCUCCUCGGAGCCCGAGAUGGCGAGGCGGCGAGUCAACGCCUUCGUGAGCGAGGCGACAAAAGGCCUCAUCACCGACGUCCUCCCUCCCGGCUCCGUCGACUCGUCCACGGUGCUCGUCCUCGCCAACGCUCUCUACUUCAAGGGAACGUGGGCCCGGCCGUUCGACCCGUUCAGGACCUUCACCGCGCCGUUCCAUCUCCCCGGCGGCGACACCGUGUCCGCGCCGUUCAUGACGGCGAACCUAUUCAACGAGCAGCUGAUCGCCGUGUUCCCGGGAUUCAAGGCGCUUAAACUGCCAUACAAGAGCGGCGGCGGCCACCAAGCUGCGUUCCACAUGCUUCUGCUCCUCCCCGACGGCGAGGCUCUCAAGAUCGGUGACCUCUACGACAGGGCCGUCUCGACGCCGGGGUUCAUCAGGAAGCACACGCCGGUGGACGAGGUCACGGUGGGGCGGUUCAUGGUCCCAAAGUUCAAGUUCACGUUCGAUUUCGAGGCGUCGGAGGACAUGAAGAAGCUGGGGGUCACCAGAGCCUUCCGAGGCGGCGACUUCUCCGGUAUGGUGACCAGCGGAGACGGGCUUUUUAUCAGUGGAGUGUACCACAAGGCCACCAUAGAGGUUGACGAGCUGGGCACCGUGGCUGCCGCAGCCACGGCUGUGUGCAUACAGCAGUGUGCACGCAUGGCACGGCUGCCGCCGGUGGAUUUUGUGGCGGACCGGCCGUUCUUGUUCGCCAUCGUGGAGGAGAGGAGCGGCGUUGUGAUGUUCCUUGGGCAUGUGGUGAACCCUCUGGCUGGGUGAUGGAUGGAUGCUGAAUGAGCAGAGAGAACUGAACAUGGGAGUGUACACGAAAAGCAGAAAUGAAGAAUAAAGUAGUGGUUGAAACUUUGUAUAUAUGUGCCAUGUAAUUUGAAGAGUUUAUACUUGUGCUAUGCAACCGAAAAUUUUAGAA